CAUAGAGUCGUAUUCACUUCUACUAAAAUUGCUAGUUUAGAAAGUUGAUUUUCAAGCAACUCUUUUGAAUCAAAAUGGCUACUAGCACUGGUAAUGGGAAGAAAAUAACAGUGUUGAGCAUCGAUGGAGGUGGCGUUAGAGGUCUUAUUCCUAGCACUAUUUUAGCCUUUCUCGAAUCCAAGCUUCAGGAAUUGGAUGGACCAAAUGCAAGACUAGCAGAUUAUUUCGAUAUAGUCGCCGGAACAAGCACAGGUGGGCUGAUAACCACCAUGCUUACAGCUCCUAACAACGACGGCAGACCUCUUUAUGCUGCUAAGGAUAUAAAUAACUUCUACCUUGAGCACUGUCCUAAGAUUUUCCCUCAAUCUAGUCGCUGGGAUUUCUUAAAUUCAAUUGCAAGCUCAGUGGUAACGAUGGUCGGACCAAAGUAUGAUGGGAAGUAUCUCCACUCACUUACGAACCAGCUGCUAGGAGACACAACUGUGAAACAAACCCUAGCUAAAGUGGUUAUACCAGCUUUCGACAUCAAGCUACUUCAGCCUGUUAUCUUCUCAACCAACGAGGCAAAAGAAAAUGCUUUGAAGAAUGCACGGUUGGCUGAUAUAUGCAUCAGUACCGCUGCAGCUCCCACAUACUUCCCAGCACACUACUUUGAGAUUAAGGAUGAGACUCAAGAAACCCGCACUUUUGAUCUGGUUGAUGGAGGAGUUGCUGCAAAUAAUCCUGCACUGAUGGCUAUAAGUCACAUUUCAAAGGAGAUCUUUAAAAACAAGUCAGAAUUCACUGGCAUAAAUCCAACUGACAGCACACAAAUGCUAGUGCUAUCACUAGGCACUGGUGCGGCCAAGAAAGAGCAAAAAUACAAUGCAGCCAUGGCCUCCAAAUGGGGCUUGCUCAAUUGGGUCUAUGACAUUGGCAGAACACCAUUGCUUGAUAUUUUUGGUGAUGCAAGCUCUGAUAUGGUUGAUUUUCAUGUGUCAACACUUUUUCAGUCUUCUGGUUCUCACAACAACUACCUUCGAAUUCAGGUUGACACGUUAACUGGUGAUGCUUCAUCCGUUGAUAUUUCGACUAAGGAGAACAUGGAAAAGCUUAUAGAGAUUGGAAAUAGUUUGUUAAAGGAGCAAGUGUCAAGAGUAAACUUGGAGACUGGCAGGUUUGAGAAAAUUGAGGGAGAGGGUACCAAUGAAGAAGCUCUUGAAAAAUUUGCCAAACUACUCUCAGAACAACGUAAGCUCAGGCUCCAAUAAGUCCAUUGAAGCUCCCGUUUGAGGCAUGAAAUGUUCAGCCUAAUAACGUGUGUUUGUAUUAGAAAAUAAAAAACAGUUGUAGCAUCAGCUAGUUGUCCUUAAUUCAGUUAAAAGAAUAAUCCAGUUUGAUUGGAACUUCUUUUUCA